GACCUGCGUCUUGCAGGUGGUACUUCGGAGGCAUAACUACACCAGAUACUCUGCGAUCUGCUCGAUUUCGACUAUCACUACACUUUGCUCUCUGGCAGGUUGGUUGCGGUGCCUGUCUGAUCUAACAAGGCUACUGUCUCAGUUCGAAGCAGACAUUGUAUUCCCUUUCCCUUGCGCUAUCAGUGGCUUUCUGACAGUUCUUUGCGCAGGAGAUUUAAUCCGAGCUAGCAAUUGCCGACCUCUACUCAGCUCAUCCAUUGCGUGAUCAGUCAGCAAAGUAGUAGUCUCUGGUAGAUGUGCGGCAUUGGUAUGCCCCUGCCCACGCUGCCCGCCCUUGCAUGUCCAAUUUCGGAGGCACGGAUGAGGACCACAAUACCAUACUAAAGUCUCGGCAUCUCUGCACGUUGGUGACCACGUCUGAGGGAAUUUUGCACGGCAAAUAUCGUCUACCAUUCCGUCCGAAUCGAUUCUAGCGACUACCACGAGUACAAGGCGUCACAUUCGCAGCUGUAAACGCCUUUCUUCUUGCGAGCCAUGAGCGGUAUAUCUUGUGCCGGUCCAUUCCCGGGUAGCACCGGGCUCAACUACCACGAAGCAAAGACUCUGGUUUCUGGCUUCUGUGAAGCCACAAACUCUCAUGUAAUUGGACUCUCUACAAAUGAGACUGAUACUUUGAAGACAGCCUGGGGCAACUCGAAUAUCCUGCUCUCCAUCUCAUACACAACUGCAAGACAUACCUACGACACAAGUUGCAGUCUAGAUGCUCAUGCAGAGCUGACUGUGCGCGCAAAAAUCUGUGAACAAGCGUUUUAUCGUCUCCUCGACGAGUGCGACACAAGUCCUUCCGGAAACCUCGGAAAAUACGGUGGCACCGUCUCAAGCGGGUGUGGUGUGUACACACUCUCCACGCAGCCCGAAGAGAUUGUGACAUGCGGCGGCAAUCCUUAUCCACGAUCCAUUGACAUGCCACUCAAGACCAUGGAACAAGGUGUUGCAGACUAUUGCAACAGACCUUUGGAACUCACGCCGGAUUACAUCUACACCAACACGUUCCUCGUUGACAUCCCCAAAGGACAAUCGCAUGGAAAUUUCCUCAAAAAUGAUAUUGUGGUCAAGACAGUCACGGAAUUCAAUGAUCAGGGACAGACUAAUUGCGCUUACUCCAAGCCUUUUCAAACGAAUGGAGAAGAGUGCAAGCGAAAACUUACUGCCGUCGUCGACAAGUGUGGUGGCGAAGGCGGUUCCCUGAGCGAGAAUGGAAAGUACGGAUGUGUAUUGUGGACGAUUUGGGGACAACAUGCCACAUGAAGAAGAAAGCGAGCGGACUUCCCUGUAAAAGCUGGACGAACGAGAUGAUCACGUGACAUUGAUUUCCACACCUUUCUGGUCAAGAUCUAUAUCCCCAGAAUCAGCGCCGUUUCGGUCCGGAAACGCAAGCUCUUUUGGUCACUACCUAUGAAAAAGUGCCAGCUACCGGGCCAUGGUCUCAGAGACCUACCAACCCGCUCCUGUCCAAAUGAUGACACACUUGGAAGCAAUCAGAACCAUGCGGGUAGUCAUGUUCCAAAUUCCAGCAAGGCACUGUGCUGGAAGAUUCUUGCUUGCGAGCAUAGGGUCCUACAACUCGGUACCUUACGCGUGAAGCCAGUGAGAGGAGGUCACAAAUCUUUUCAAGACGGACGAGAAACGUCAGCUGCGCUUCGGCGUUGUUGCAAGGGUCGUACGGUCGUACUGAGAAUUCGGCCAAUGCUGGUAUCAGAGGACAGACUGUCAAGUGUUUCUUCAAGGCAUGUCGAGAGGAGAAUGUCAACAACGAGGUUUGAGAGAGUGGUUUGGUGAUAAUAAUUCAGUAUCUUGUGAUACCAUGGUUUCAUAGUAUCUCUGAGGAUCCCCUGAUAGAUGCGGUAUCACAAUCCUCCAGGAACAUUAGUUCUGCCUUCAUACCUAUAUAUAUAUACAGCUCUCAUCCUUCUCAUCUCAAUCAUGCCUCAUACACACAUACAUACAAAUCUCCAUCCUCCCUCUCACCACCGCCACCACCAACAGGAAAUCUCUAAACACCCACCUUCUUUCCCCCCUCGGGCAACGGCACCCUCAACAACGAAUACGGCCUCUGCCUCCGAUCUGUGCCCGGCGCAAACAUCAUCGUAAACGCCAACUGAUUAUUCGUGAAAUACAAGUACCCAUCCCACCCCACACUCAACGUAUCCACCCAAUUAAUCCUCUCAUCCCUCACAAACAGAACAUCGCUCGCAUUCUUGGGAUAAAACGCUCCAAUCGCAUUCGCCUCCGCAACACCAUGAUAAAUCACAUCAUUCGAAUCCGUCUCGAGCCCAUCCGACACCCCCGUUUCACCCCAGUUUUGUAUCGAUGCUUGCGCAAGAAGUUCACUCGCAGGGAAAGAACGAUCUCGUAACCGAGCAGUCGGGAUAGAGAAGAGUUCGCGUCCAGCGACACAUUUCCAAUAGAGUGUAGAACUAUCCGCGGAAAGAGUAAUUCCAUCUGCGCCGAAAUUGGUGAAAGCAAACGGAGAUCCGGAGGGAGCAGGGGCGCCAUAGAUGUUUUGACCCCAGUGAGGAAAAACGAAUUGUUGGGUCGUGCGGACUGCCGGGUGGAGAUCUAGAUGACGCCAACUUUCUCCUGUGGAAAUGUCGACGGUGACGAGCCCGUUGCGGCCUUCGCCGGAGGAAUCGGUGAUGUAGAUGAAGCCUGCGGAGCCGUGGGUGAGGUCGAUGCGGAGGUCGUUGAGGUAGGAAUCGGGAUAGGCGACUUCUGGGGGAAAGACGAUGGUUUGGAAGACGGUGUCGUUGGUGAGGUGUACUCCGAGGAUUUUGGUGCCGCCUGGGGAAGCAUUGACGAUGACUCCGUUGGGGAGGGCGACACGUCCGGUGUCGAGGAUCCAGGCGCGAUUGGCAGCGUCGAUGACGAUGGAUUGGGAACCGAUGAGGUAGUUCUGGUAAUUGGCGCCUGUGGGCGGGUUGGUGGUGUAGUUGAUAGCUCCCCCGGGUGGGUUAUUGAUCUCUACACUGGGCCAGGCGACUUCGUGGGUGCCAUUGAUGAGCUCACCGAUGGUGAAGCGGCCAUUAGUGCCAUCAUUGGUGUUGGCUGGGUCCAGAGCGCCGGGGUAAUUGGAGAAGAGGCGACCUUCGCGUGAAACAGCAAUUCCCGUAGGGAACUGGGGGUCGCCGGCGUACAGAUGGACGAGUUCAAUAGGAGGACCAGCCACGCCGGGGUCGCGAAUGAGGAGGUCGUAGUCCAGACCAUUGCUUGUAGUGUUGCUUGUGUAGUACUGGGCUGAUGCCAGCAGGGAAAAGGCCGUGGUGGCCGCGAAAGCUGAUUUGGGAGCCAUCAUGCUUAACUCGCAAUCAGAAAAUGGCAGAGGCGG